AUGGCAACGGCGCUGGAAAUUGUUGAAGUACCAGCUUAUGUUUCUGACGACGAGGUGGAUACCAAUGAAAUUGUCGACAAUGGAAAUCAAAAACGUAUGAAAAAGAGACAACGAAAGUGGGUAGAAGAAAAGGUGUUUAACAACACUGAAGAAGCUGAAGAGGUGGUGAUCAAAGAAAAUCAAUGGAGUUAUCAUUAUACAAAUACAACAGCUGCAGGAAAAAAGAAAUUUUUUAGAUGUAAUAAGGUCAAAGCUCGUGGUAAACAAUGUGAUGCUGGUAUAUAUUUGUUAUUUGAUUCUACAAAUGAUAAGAUUGUUUUAUUUCGUGCCACAUCAGAUCAUACUCAUGAUAGCAUGCAAGAAAAACCUUCAAGAAUACCAAAUGAAGUAAAAACAAUUAUACAGGAAUUAUAUGAAUUGAAAUUGAAACCGAAAGCAAUAAUCGAAGUACUUCAUGAACGUGGAAUAGCACUGCCAAGCAUUAGCCAAUUAAAUAAUUUUUUAAGAACCAUUAAGAAAUCAAGCCAAUCAAUUCCAGAAUCAAUUGAUACUUCUUUUGUUGCAUCAUACCAAAUUAUUUAUGAUGAUGAUAGUGAAAAUGACGAUGUCGAUGAUGAUGUUAAUGAAAACAAGUUUCGGUUUUUUAUUACAACAAAAAGACUUCUACAAAUUGCUUCAAGAUCAAAAAGAAUUCAUGCUGAUGCAACAUAUAAAUGGUUGUGGCAAGGAUUCUCGGUUCUCAUUGUCGGUACAACUGAUCUUGAUCGACAUUUUCAUGCAUUUGGUAUGUCUGUUUGUUCAAAUGAAACAACACAUGAUUUCAGAUUUUUAUUUCGUGGUUUACAAGAAGGUAUACAAAAG